AUGGUUGGCACACUGUCAUACUCUAAGCUGCUGUCUGAGAGUCAACUUUAUGUGUUCCAGAUGCGCUGUGUGUGGAAUACUCCAGUUUGCAUUAUUUUUCUUCUGGUUUUCACCUCGCAAGCACUCUGCAUUCCUGAUGAUUUGGUCCAGUCAUCUGGACAUGUUAUGGGAAAAGUCACUUUUCAUCAGACAGAAGGGAAUUCCACUUACCUAAGAGACAGUGGGGAGCUGGCCGCUAACAUCCCAACCAUGGUUUCAUUUGAGCUCUCUGACCACCAGCGCUAUUUACGUACAGCAAGGUUCAUGUACACAUGGGACUUAGGCAAUGGGGACGUGAUCGUGGGUCCGGAGCCAGUCCUGCACUGCAGCUAUGCCUCAUCAGGAAGCUACACAUUUAGACUGAGUGUAGGAGCCAAUAUAACCAGAACUGUAAGACUUACUGGGCUCUACUCCAUGAAUUUGAUUGUGUUAGAUGCUAUCACUAGCAUUGAGCUGAGAGGGCCACUCAGUUACAGUGUGAACCAAAGCAGCAGUUUGUCUUUUCUCAUCGCUGGAAGUCUGCCGGCAUGGCUCUGUUGGAGAGUCUUGCCUAAUUGUCGAUUGUAUGGUCCAGUUUCCUGCAAGUUGGUGAGACUUUAUGACAGGCAGUUCAAGCUAAACCACACUUUCAAAUCUGUGGGCCCUCACUGCCUGGACCUCAGCGCUCAAAACAACAUCAGCGAGCUCCAGGCCUCCUACAACAUCUAUGUGCAAAAGAACCCGGUGAGUCUCCUUAUCUUCAUCUUGCCCUGUGCUUCACUGAUUAUUGCAACCAUGAUCUUCAUCACCGUCUCAGUGUGCCGCCCGCAGCAAGAAUCUCUCAAGUCUAAGGCAAAGGGAGAAGCUAUGACUUACCUGUCUUUCGCUGACACUGCAGUUCAAACAAAGGAAGCAGGUACUCCUGAUGGCCCUGUGUCCUUAAUCAUCUCUGAGAAAAAAGAAGAUGCACUCCAGCCUCAGAUUUAUUAA